AUGGAAGGAAGUGAAGCAGUGAAAUCUACUUUAACGUCUUAUGUUGCCCCUUUAUUCGCAGGUGCAAUAGCAGGAGUAUCAGUUGAUGUUGCAUUAUAUCCUUUGGAUACUUUAAAAACAAGAUUACAAAGCCAGCAAGGCUUUUAUAAAGCUGGUGGUUUCAAAGGUGUCUAUAGAGGUCUUUUGACAGUAGCAUCUGCAUCAGUACCAACAUCAGCCUUAUUCUUUGUGUCUUAUGAAGCAACUAAGUCUCUAAUGACACCAAUGGUUACACCACAGUACAUAUCAUUCGUACAUAUGUUUGCAGCAAGUGUUGGUGAAGUGUUGGCAUGUGUACUUCGUGUACCAACAGAUAUAGCCAAACAAAGAAAACAGACCUAUGUUGGAAAAGAACAAAUAAGCAGUAUUAGAAUUCUUGUAAAGGCAUUCCAAACGGAUGGUUUUCGUAAUGGUCUAUACCGUGGCUUCUUUUCCACUGUACUGAGGGACUUGCCCUUCAGUUUCAUACAGUUGCCGCUUUGGGAGUUUCUUAAGUCUGUGGUGAAGGAAAAUAAUGAUGGACAGAUUAGCAGUUUUCAGAGUGCCCUAUGCGGUUCCGUGGCCGGGGGCGUUGCCGCGGCCGCGACAACUCCACUGGACCUAGCUAAAACCCGCAUAAUGUUAGCUGAAAAUUACUCUGAAACCCGCAAAAUAAGAAUAAAGCCGGUGUUAUCAGAGAUUUACUCUGUGAACGGGUUUAGAGGUCUCUUUGCGGGUGUAACACCGCGCUUCACCGGGUUCAUGGUUGGCGGUUUUGUGUUUUUUGGCGCUUAUGAUGAAGCGAAAUCGUUUCUUACGCGCCAUUUUGAUAGAUAG